CUUUAUUGUUCUUACCAAAGAAAGUGUAGUAAAACGAACAAUUAGAAAUCAAAGAACUAACAAUAAUCCUGCAUUAAAUUGCAUAAAUGAUAUUGUUAUAGAAGAUGACUGGGCUUUAGUUAAUGGACAACAGUUUUUAUUGGCUGAUAAUAAAUCAACAACUGGUGAACGAAUUGUAUUGUUUUCAACAGAUGACAGCUUAAAAAUGUUGACAGAGGCCAAAACGUGGUAUUGCGAUGGUAAUUUUAACCUUAGUCCUAAAUAUUUUUUACAACUUUAUGUUAUAAGAGUUCAAAAAAAUGAUUCGUAUAUAACUGCAGUGUACUGUCUUCUUGAACGCAAGACAAUGUCUAUUUAUGAAGAAAUGUUCAAACUUAUUCGAAAAAUGAAAUUGGAAGUAGCGGCAGAUAAAGCGAAAUUAGCUAUCGACAGCAUGGGAGAGCCGGUAAAAAAAAAAAAAUUCAACACAUAUCCGACUAGUUACUUUAUGCCAAAGAAUAUCUAAUCAUUCAAUUACCA